AUGACCGACCUUCCCCCACCAUCGACGAUCACCAGCCUACCCCAGGAGGCUCAGCUCCGGGUUCUGGACACUCUGUUCGAGCCCUCACCAGAGCUCCACCAACUGAUGAUCCCCGUGCUCGCCCAGAGCUUCACCACUUACCCAGCGUUGAUCGAUGCAGUGGGGGCUCGCAUGUCUGCGUUGUCGGCGCAGAAUUCCCCGACAGACCGAAACGUGCUCUUUGGCAUUCUGGGCUCGCAUCCCCGACUGGGCCGCGCGCCGGCCAACCCGGAACAUCUGAGUGAGCUCAGCAAGAAAGAACAGGCCCAAUUGAACACGGGCGCAGAGGAACAAGCCGAGAAAUUGAUUGCGCUCAAUGCUGAAUACGAGGACAGGUUCCCUGGGUUGCGCUUUGUCACAUUCGUCAACGGCCGAAGCCGGGACGUGAUUAUGGUGGAGAUGCGUCAGCGCAUUGAUCGCGGUGAUGCUGAGCGCGAGAUUGAAGAGACGAUUCAGAUGGACACAGAUCAUCCUGCCCUGCCAAUAAGUCCAGAGGACAGGCCGCCCCGAGCCGCGACAUUCCCAGGCUCGGCCCCAUCAGAGGUUGCAUCGGGCUCCAGCCAUCAAGAUGCGCGCUCUGGCAAACGACCACCGGCGAGUCGAGAGAAUGCCUUACACGAGACCAAGACCGAAUCAAGUGCUAUAGAUCCGCUCUCGCAGCAUAUCAUCCAACGUACAAAUACGCAGAAAUCCAUUCCCUUGAAAUUGCUGGGGAAAGCCUCAUAUGAAGCUGAAGCUGUGGGUUCCGAAUACACCCUGCCGGACAGUUCGGCGCGCGAGUCAUCCCCAACCAAGCUUCCCAAGGAGAAGAAAAAAGGCGUCUCUUUCCUCAGCCGAAUUAUCGGAAACAAAAAGAAGGAACAUUACCACGAGCCAGAAGAUGAAAUUUCAGAACCAGAGACGAGCCGCAUGUCCGUCGACACUUCUCAUCCAAUCGGAUAUAUAGCUCGGCAUCCUGGUCCUGCAAAGUACAUCAAGGUGCGCGCACAUCACAAGAAAGACAAGACAUUCAACCGUGUUUUCUUGGCCCAGGAACUCGAGGGCGGUGGCGCACCGCCGAAAGUCGCAGAAAGGCGGAUAUCCAUAUCGUCCGCUUUACCGAAGUAUGGGGCUCAUACCGGACGGGCCAUCUGGGCGCUGGUCUUCUCCAAGGACGGAAAGUAUUUGGCUGCUGCGGGUCAGGACCGCAAGGUAAGAGUCUGGGCCGUCAUCUCUACGCCGGAGGAGCGAGAGGACGCGAACGGAGAGGAAGAGCAAACACCUGUCGAUGCGCAGGAUACUCCUAAACUGAAAGCGCCUGUGGUUCAGCCAACGCCAAUUCAGGUGUACGAGGGUCACAAUGGGAGUAUCUUGGAUCUGAGUUGGAGUAAAAACAACUUCCUCCUGUCUUCGUCCAUGGAUAAGACAGUGCGAUUAUGGCACAUCUCUCGACCGGAAUGCCUCUGCUGUUUCCAACACAGCGAUUUUGUAACCUCGAUACAGUUUCACCCCCGUGAUGACCGGUUCUUCCUUGCUGGGUCACUCGACACGAAACUACGUCUCUGGAGUAUUCCCGACAAAAGUGUCGCCUUUGUAACCGCGGGUCCCGAUAUGAUCACCGCAGUGGCAUUUACGCCAGACGGAAAAUACUCCAUCGCAGGAUGCCUCAAUGGUAUGCUCAACAUCUACUGCACAGAAGGUCUGAAGAUAUCAUCUCAAAUCCCCGUUCGAUCGGCUCGUGGCAGAAAUGCCAAGGGCAGUAAAAUUACCGGCAUUGAUACGAUGACUGUCACCGAGGGCGAUAAUCGAGGCGAAACGAAGCUCCUGGUCACUAGCAACGACUCCCGCAUUCGAUUGUACGAUUUCAACACCCGAACUUUGGAAGCCAAAUUCCGUGGCAACGAGAACUCCUGCAGUCAGAUCCGAGCCACUUUUACAGACGAUGGCAAGCAUAUCAUUUGUGGAAGUGAAGAUCGCCGUGCAUAUGUAUGGCCCAUUGGUCCAGUGGAGGGAGAUUCCGAGAAACGAGCUGUAGAGGUCUUCGAGACACACUCUGCAAUGGUGACAGCCGCCAUCUCCGCGCCUGUUCAAACAAAGCAAGCUUUAGCUUUAUCUGAAGAUCCAAUCUACGACAUCUGCAACCCACCGCCAGUAGCUCUACUGGGCCCCGAAUCAACAGAACAAGCAAAGCAAAACGGACUCGGUCACAAACGCUCAGCAUCCGCACCACGUCUAUCAAUAGUCAGCAAAAUGGCCCAAGAAUCCCCCUCCUACCUGGCCCGCUCCAAACAUCCAGACGGAAAUAUAAUCGUCAUAGCCGACUAUUCAGGCAAGAUCAAGAUCCUCCGACAAGACUGUGCCUACCACAAACGCCGCUUCGAAAACUGGGACGCGAAUUCCAACAUCUCGCGUCGCAUCCUUCGCCGCUCGAACUCCGGCCGCCGCAGCGUAGCCUCCUCAGUCGGCAAAGAAUCCUCCCAUAAAACACCCUCGGAGCGAAUCAUUUCCUGGCGUAACUCAGUCGCCCGCCAAGGCCGCUCCAGCACAGAAAUAUCGCGCUCCGGUCUCCGAACCAGAAGCCCAUCCCCACAACAUCGCAACGCAACAUUCCGCCUGUCAAACUCCAGACCUUCAAGCUUAGGCCCGCACGAAUCCCUCCACGCAGCCACGCAAUCCCCACCACCCUCGCCACGCCGGUCCAGGCUACACAGCAGACGCACAAGCGAAGACGCAAGUCGAACCAAACACACCCGCGCCCAAAGCAACGGCAAUCGGCCCGCCAAUGGGAACGGAAACCCCAUCGGAACUGACAACGGCAAAUCCCCACCCCUGGAAAGAAUCCCCUCCACAUCAGCCGACCUACUCGCAAGCGGAAAAGCAAAAGACAAUCCGCUUUGGCUGCAAGGCGAUCACAGCUACGCGUACUGGAACAAGAUCACGCACGAUGCAAUGGCGAUGCGCUCGCGCCAUUCGAAUGAUCUGCUUAGUCCCGAAACUGCUCGUGACCGCAGGUUGAGUACUGCUGGGAGUGUUCUCAGUAGUGAGUAUGCUUCUUCGGGAGGAAACGAGGAUGAUGAUGUGCUUCAGUGUGAGAACUGUCGCUGUACUAGCUUUCGGAGUGUUAAGGGACGGGAUGGGAAGCAGAAGCUUAUUUGUUCGCAAUGUCAUCGGCCUGUCAAUUAG